AUGGCCACCACCAACGGGACCGUGGAGAACGGGCAGCCGGACAGGAAGCCGCCUGCCCUGCCGCGCCCCGUCCGCAGCCUGGAGGUCAAGUUUACCAAGGUAAGGUGGGCCUUUUCUAAGGAGGGAAGGGAAAUUGAAACCUCUCCUCCACCACUAGACAAAAGAUGAUACACUCACUCUGGUUUUCAGCCCGACGUGGACAAGGCAGUGGAGGCCGCACAAGCCGCCUUCCAGAGGGGCUCCCCGUGGCGCCGCCUGGAUGCGCUGGGCCGUGGCCGGCUGCUGAAUCAGUUGGCUGACCUUGUGGAGAGGGACCGCACCGUCUUGGCUACCCUGGAAACGAUGGACACAGGGAAGCCAUUCCUUCAUGCCUUUUUCAUCGACCUAGAGGGCUGUGUGAAAACCCUCAGAUACUUUGCAGGGUGGGCUGACAAAAUACAGGGACGGACCAUCCCCACAGAUGACAACGUUGUAUGUUUCACCAGGCAUGAACCUAUAGGUGUGUGUGGAGCCAUCACUCCGUGGAACUUCCCUCUGCUGAUGCUGGUGUGGAAGCUGGCCCCGGCUCUCUGCUGUGGGAACACCGUAGUUGUGAAGCCGGCGGAGCAGACCCCCCUCACGGCCCUUUAUCUGGGCUCUCUGAUCAAGGAGGUCGGAUUCCCUCCAGGAGUGGUCAACAUCGUGCCAGGAUUUGGGCCCACGGUGGGAGCAGCCAUGUCUUCUCACCCUCAGAUCAGCAAGCUAGCCUUCACGGGGUCUACAGAGGUUGGAAAGUUGGUUAAAGAAGCCGCCUCCCGAAGCAAUCUGAAGAGAGUGACACUGGAGCUUGGGGGCAAAAACCCCUGUAUCGUGUGUGCUGAUGCCGACCUGGACUUGGCGGUGGAGUGCGCCCAUCAGGGAGUGUUCUUCAACCAAGGUCAGUGCUGCACGGCCGCCUCGAGGGUGUUCGUGGAGGAGCAGGUGUACGCCGAGUUCGUCAGGCGGAGCGUGGAAUACGCCAAGAAACGUCCCGUCGGAGACCCCUUCGAUGUCAGAACGGAACAGGGGCCCCAGAUUGACCAAAAGCAAUUUGACAAAAUCCUCGAUCUGAUCGAGAGUGGGAAGAAGGAGGGAGCCAAACUGGAAUGUGGGGGUUCGGCUAUGGAAGACAGGGGGCUCUUCAUUAAACCCACGGUCUUCUCAGAAGUUACUGACACCAUGAGGAUUGCCAAAGAGGAGAUUUUUGGACCAGUGCAGCCAAUACUGAAGUUCAAAAAUAUCGAAGAAGUGAUAAAAAGGGCAAAUAGCCUUGAAUAUGGACUCACAGCAGCCGUGUUCACAAAAAACCUCGACAAGGCCCUGAAGCUGGCUUCUGCGUUGGAGUCUGGAACAGUCUGGAUCAAUUGCUAUAAUGCCAUCUACGCACAGGCUCCAUUUGGUGGCUUUAAAAUGUCAGGAAAUGGCAGAGAACUUGGUGAAUAUGCGCUGGCUGAAUACACAGAAGUGAAAACGGUCACCAUCAAACUCGAUGACAAGAGCCCCUGA